AUGAAUUUUAGUUACUGGGAAAAAAAAUCGUGGUUUUCACAAGUAGAUUUUACUGUAGUCGGUUCAGGUAUCGUAGGAUUAAACUGUGCCUUAGAAUUAAGAAAACAACAUCCCAAAGCAUCUAUUCUUGUCCUUGAAAAGGGAGUAUUGCCGCAAGGUGCCAGUACAAAAAAUGCUGGGUUUGCUUGUUUUGGAAGUGUUUCUGAACUCCUAGAUGACCUUACUCAUUCGACUGAAUCAGAAGUAGUGGAAUUAGUAAAACAACGAAUUGAGGGACUCAAAGCAUUACGAAGUUUAAUUGGAGAUGAUCAAUUAGGCUAUAAACCUUGGGGAGGGUAUGAACUGUUUUCGAACAACGAUUCGGAAACUUAUGAAAAUUGCCUUGAAAAAAUUUCUUAUUUAAACACCCUCCUAUUUCCCAUUUUCGGAGAAAAGGUUUACGAGGAAAAACCCAACACUUUUGGAUUUAACCAAAUCAAACCAUCUGUUAUUUUUUCUCCACACGAAGGACAAAUUGAUACAGGAAAGAUGAUGAAGAGUUUACUACAACUCGUCAGGAGUAAUGAUAUUCAAAUUAUCAAUUCUACUUCUGUACAAUCUUUUGAAUCUAGUACUUCUCAUGUUCUUGUAAAAACAGAUAAUAAUAUUGAAUUUAAAACUUCACAGUUGUUUAUUGCUACCAAUGGAUUUUCUAAAGAACUUGGAAUAAAGAAAGUCUCACCAGCUAGAGCUCAGGUAUUAAUUACUCACCCUAUUCCAAAUCUGGCUAUCAAGGGAACUUUUCACUUGGACAAAGGAUACUAUUAUUUCCGAAACAUCGAUAACCGGAUCUUAUUAGGAGGAGGUAGAAAUUUAGAUUUUCACACUGAAAAAACGACCCAAUUUGGAAGCACAGAACUUAUCCAGUCUAAAUUAGAAGAACUAUUACAUACUACUAUCCUACCAAACACUCCUGUAGAAAUAGAUCACAGGUGGAGCGGAAUCAUGGGGGUUGGAGAACAAAAAAAGCCUCUUAUCUCUUCCAUGCAUUCAAGAGUUCAUUGUGGAAUAAGACUGGGAGGAAUGGGAAUCGCUAUAGGUACUCUUACUGGAAAAAAGUUAGCCAAUUUAAUUUCUAACUAG